GUUUAACGGACGAAGCCUUGCUCAGAGUUCGAACCGGCACCAUUUCCUGCCCUUUCUAUUUGCGCGUUUAACACAACCUGUCACGUAGUCUCUUGUCCUUUGCUUACCAAGAGAAGAUUAAACUUUGAACUUGAACAAUCCAAGUAUCCAAAAAUUUCAAUUUUCCCUUUCUUAUCUAUUCUAAUCAAAUUGAUAUACAUAGAAGACUGAUGUACAAAGAAAAAAUAAUUCAUAAUCCCAUGGAUUAAAAUUUUAUUCUACCAUUUCUCAUUCUACCAGAAUCUUUCACCAAACGUUUCUCACGUAAAAUGUUAAAACAUCUAUCAAAUUAAAUUUCGACACGAUUAAAAUAUAAAACAACGUAUCGCGACAAGAUGUUCGACACAAAACGAACCAGCCAUCGCGCCACAUCUGGAAGAAAGAUCGAUUUUAGAAUUUCGCCCCGUGUCGUCUCAUCAGGGUCUUCUUUCAUUCAAUGCGAAACUUAAACUUGGCGGCAUUAGUGAAUCACUGUUAUUGACUUGGCGGAGGGGAGAGGGGCAGAGGAUCGUCUGUCAUUUGUACGGAAUCACCCUUAGUAUCCCUCGGGCGGUCUUAGCUCGCGUUACCCGCGAGCUUCCGUGUUCCAAAUUUUCCUCUCUGAGCAUCCUCCGAACAAUGCUCGAUCCGUUUCUUCUGCGCUAUGCGCGGAAAUCGGGCCCAUAGAUUCACGUUUUGGAACGUACAACACCAAGUGAACGACUGCAACGCGUCGACGGCGAGCCGAGUCAUACGUUCGAGUGACAGUUUGUCGAGGAGCAGUCGGCGGAGAGUCGAUCGACGUUUGCCAUGCACACCAACGUUCGCUCAAUCGUUGUUUCAGGCGCGGAGUCUGCCAACGGCGCGCCGCCGAUCCCACCGAGACGGAAGAAGCGCAAAGUGAGGCCCCCGAUCGCUAAAUCAUCGGACGCGUCACCGUCGUCGAGCGUUGGGAAGAAGGAGAGGAAACGGCUGGCGCCUCCGCCGCCCCCACGAGCCGUACGAAGCAUCGACUCUCCAAAAUCCAAGGAAGGGAAGGAGGGAACGUUAAAUAGCCUGAGUUCCAUCGAGACCUGUGAAACUUCCCAACCGUCGUCCAUACAGUUCGAGGAAACCGAUUCAUCGGGGAUAUCCAACCGUGUUCUUCUCGAGGAGGCGGCGAGGCAAGGACGCGACGAAGAGGAGGGGAGAAACGAGAGAGCCGGUUCAGGCACGGGUUGUUUGCCGCAACAACAACAGCAACAACAAGCACCGUUCGUGUUCGAGGCAUUCUCGAGGAAGGAGGCCAACAAGUAUCCGCCGUUGCUGUUCACUUUGCACGACUUUCAGAACGUGAUGGCCGACACGUUGCAGGGGGAUCUUGAUAGGAAAGAUUAUUCGCCGAGAAACUCGCUCGAGUUUUCCACGUCCCUGGACGAUCCUCGUCGCGACACAUUCCGCGAUUCCUUCCACGAAUUCUUCGAGAAAUCGUUGGACGACGAGGAGAGCGAGCUCUCGUUCCGCGUCACCACCACCAAUCUUCCGUUCGAGAAAUGUUUGGACAGGUGGGCGGCCACCCUCGAGGAUCAGAUAAUCGAAAAUAUGGACAAGCCGACCAGUUUCAUCUUCGAGGAUUACAUGGACAGAAGCAACAAGGUGAACAUCCGCCGAUCGUCCGCCCCGAUGUGCUACGACGCGAAGGACGAGGACGCUUCGAAGGUGGUGGGAAAGUUGACCAAGGUGAGAUUCGUGAUCGAGUCGCCUAGCUGCCCGGAGCGGGGGUUGGAGAACGAGUUGGCGAGUAUCGAUUCCUCGGCGAGCGAGGAGGCGGAUGGCUGGAAUCGCGCUUCUUCCGUCCAAUUGACCGAGAUCGCGGACGAUGCGAACUGGACGGACGCGAGCCGGGUUCUCGAGCGAGGCGUCCAGGAGGACGAGUUCGGCGACGUGCCGUUUAGCUCCGUUCUGAGGAACAAUUCGGGCGAAUGGUCCCUCGAGGGCCAGGAUAAGAUUGGAUCGUUGGCGGACGAGGAGGAUCGUUUUGAUUCGGCGGGAUUCGAAUCGAGGAAUAAGAUUUUCUCCUGGCCUUCCGAGGAAAAGUUGAAGAUCACGGAGGUUGGGGAAGUAGAGGAAUUCGGAGGUGGAUGUUUGACGGACGAGAAGCACGGCUUUAACUCGGCGGGAUUCGAUCCGGGGAAUCGGGUUUUCUCGUGGCCCGAGGAGAAGUUGAAAAUCACGGAGGUUGAGGACGAGUUUGGAGACGGGUUUUUGGAGGGGAGGGAUGGUUUUAACGCGACGAAAUUCGAUUCGAGGAAUCGGGUUUGCUCGUGGCCCGAGGAAAAAUUGAAAAUCACGAAGCUCGGGGAAGAGGAGGGGGGGUUGGAUUUGGGGGUGAGAACGGAGCGCUGUUCCGAGGGCGAAGGUUCGAACGGGCCGGGUGAGAACGCUGAUUUGGCGGAUACCGCUUCAAACAACAAUGUGGAAGACAAUAAAGAAUAUUUAAUAAACGAGCAUAACUCGACGAAUAUUACACGAAUUAUUUCGAAAACUGCCGCUACUGGAACGGAAGUUAAUACCGAUUCGAAGAGCGAAUUAAUCAGAAACGAAAUAAACGGAAAUUUUCUCGAAGAGGGAUCGGCAGUUGACGAGAAAGAGGAUUCGUUUGCUGCUAAUGAAGAUAAAUCAUUGACAAUAAAUAAGACGAAAGUCUUGGAUCGAGCGACGAACGAGGUAGGGAAUAACGUUUUAAAGAAUAAUUUAUUACCGAAUAUAAGGAAGAGCGAGGCCAGCGAAGAGGCGUCGUCGUCGAUCGAGGAAGAUACGAAUGUUGACGGGUGCGUAAAAAUUAUCGACCCACCCGAUCGAUCAACGGGGGAAUACAAGAGAAAGAUUUUCGUGAACGAGUCUCUUCGAAGCAUGAUCAAUCAUUACUAUUUCACGUCGAACGACUUGGAGGAGGAAAGCGAGGAUUCCGACGAGGAGUCGAACGCUUGCGACAUCCCUUCGAACGACGGAAAUUCUCGGAAGGAAAGAGAGGCGACCGACAAGGAUGACCCAAUUAACGAAUUAUCUUCGGGGAAGAAAAGUGUCGGUGUUCCGGUCGAUAUUAGGCGAAACUUCUUCCUGGAGAAUAUGUUAUCCGAGGAUGCGGAUGAAUCGUGGACGAAUUGCAGGAUCGUCGCCGCGCGGCCAAAAUCACCCGCGAAGAAAAAGAGGGAGAACGUGGCGGAUCGGUUGAACGAGUCGAUAAAAAUGGAUUUGGAGAUCCAGAAAAUUUUGCAAGAGUCGAAGGAGGUGGGCGAAACAGGCUUAUCGACGACAACGGCACAACAAUCGACUAGGAAGGUGGUCGAAACGGGGAAGAAGAACCCCAGUGACGUCAAGUGCGACGUAUUGAACGAGUUGCUCUCCAAUUUUAACAGCAUAAGAUUGAAACCGGUGAGUCGCGUGGAGAAGAAGAGAGGCGCGGAUGAAAGUCGAUCGCUGGUGGAACGGACGAACGACGAGGAUAUAAAUUCGAAAUCGAGAAGUUCGGCGAAGCAGUGGCGUCACGCGGCCUGUCUGACCACGAGGAAAAUUCUCAACAACUGGAAGUGCGAUGGCGAGGCAGGGAAGAAACAAUCCGAGCAACCUGAAGACGAUGCCAACUUUCCAGCCGAAUCAUCGGAUAAGACAGAUCCUUGUUCCCGUCUCUCGCAGGAACGACAUCAACCCUGCCCGACCAAAACGAUUCUAAAGAACGAAGUGUCCCGAAAUGACGCGAGCUCGUCCGUAGAGACUGGCUUGGAACCGAUCAAAGCUGCAGAAAUUAGCAAAGUUUCGGAUGUUGGCGGCGAAGAAACGUGGGCAACGAGGGACGAAGAAAAAUUGGUUAGGAGGACGAGGGAAGAAUGGAAGGAAAGAAAGAGCGACGCUGUUGGAGGGACGCGUGACGAGGAAAAUGGAGGAGGAGGAGGAAGGUUGGAGGAAGAAGCGCAGACGGGUGGCUGCAGUGAAAAGACUGACGCGAGGGACGAGUCUUACUAUAAUCGUGGCGCGAUCGCGCGACAGUUUGAGUUGAGCGCGAUCAGCGGCGAGAAGAAGAGUGCCAUAGCUAGAAGGAAUUCUCGACCCCAUUGUAAUAAUAAUGACAAUAACAGGGCCGUAACGACACCCGUAGUUCUAAGCGAUGACCAAUCCCGUGACGUUGUAACGAUAACCCCGGGUAGAGUUAGGAAAUUCGUCAAGUACUACGAGAUUCGACACGAGGUGACGACGACCGACAAAGAUUCUAAAGCUAACGAUAGAUUAGAUAGGGAGGAGAUGUUGGGCCUUCGGUCCGUAUGCAGCAUCCGCAGGGGUUUGGAGGCGAGGGUCGACACGAAGAAGAAGAGAAGGAACGAUUCACCGACCGAUUCGACGAGGAGGGAAAGCGGGGUGGAAACGGGGAUAAACGCGGAUGACCUCCUCAUCGAGGAUGAUCACGCGGAGGCGAAGAGGGAAGAGAUGGUACGCGUGUCGUCGAGUACGCGCGGCGGUAAAACGAAACGGAAGAAAUCGGUGAAAUUUCAAGGUGGUUUCACUGUGAUCGGUGCCAAGAGUCUGGAAGAUAAUGGCCCCGCUGGGAGCCUCGAUGGCCAGAACGCGAAGCCUGUGGAAAGGAGGAAGAUUCCCGACAGACAGAGGCAGAGAGGAGCUGCUCUCGUGGACAAAGUGGAUUUCCAAGAUGGACAGCCCGAGGAAUUGGCCGACGCUGACUCGCGCUCUUUCGAGGACAGAGAUAGUGCCGCUGCUCAGAUACAAGCCGCAGCGAAAUGUGAGGAAUGUUCAGGUAUUAAUCGCUUCGUUUCAAAACCAGAAACCCCACGCCUCGUAUUUUACUGUACUGUAUAGUUAUAAAUCGUAGUUUCUAAAAGUCGUCGUCGUCGUCGUCGCCGCCGUUCCUUCGAAUCUCGGAUUCGAGAUUUAACCACGACGUUUUUUUGUAGCGUCAUAGCUAAAUUAAAUCUUUUCCAUACGUUAAUUUUCCGAGCCUUGACCGAAGAACAGAUUUUUCACCGCCCCGUGAAAAAUAGAAUUGCGCAGAAUUUUAUUUUCACGCGCAUUGCUGGAAGGAACGAUUUGCUUCGGUUCCUUGAAAUUUCAAAGUGAACGUUACACGAAUGAAUUACAACAAUUUAUUCUAAAUAUAUAAUUAUUACGUUUAGAAAUUAUUAAAAAAAGAAAAAAACAAAUCAUAAAAUAGCGAUUCACGACUUAAUAAAAUGAUCAUUGCGUAUUAUUGCUGUGCAAAUUUUUAGAAGAAUAAUAAUAGAAUUCCGUAGAACGCAGAUUCGUAUGGAUCGUUCAUUAUCAAUUUAAUAAGAAUUUGGACGAAAAGAUCUGUAGAUGGCAGAUGUCUCGUUGAUCCUGGAAGGAAUCAGAGUUAUCAGUUGGACAGAUUCUUUCGGUGAAGAGGAUUAACCCAUGGACAGGAACGGAUUUUUCCCCCCGGAUUUAUUCGGUCGAGCUCCCGCGUAUAAGCUCCCCGCGACGUUCCUUCCUCGUAAUUUCCUUGCAUCAUUUUGUCCAACUUAUUUUACUAUGGUUUUGGAUAAUGGGGGACUUCGCUAGAUUUACGACACCCUCGACGAGAGGCCGUGGAAACAAAAAGCAACGAAACGAUUUGUGGCUCCGCCUCGCGAUCACUAUUUCUUGCGCAACGUAACGAUUCCGUGGUGGAAAUUCUUCUUCCUUUUUUUUUUCCACGGAAUUCGAUGGAGAGUUUUUCGAGAAAGAAAAAAAGAAAAAUAAAAUCGAAAAUAAAAUUUUUGGGAGCCAACCAUUUUUCGCACGGCGAAAAUAUAUAAAUAUUAGUUGAUCUUGGAAAAUUGUUACAAAAAUGUAAAUAGAAGUUCAGUCGAAAUCUAAUUAUCAAAAAAUAGAAGACGUUAUUUAUCCAAGAAAAGUGAACAAAAUUUCUCGCGUAUCCUUUCGAAUUCGGUAUAAAUAUUGUUGGCAUGCAAUUUCAGAUUUCGUUGCACACUUAUCAGAAAUCAAAUUUCACCUAAACGGAGUUCCACUCCACUAUUAAUUCCCCGAAAAAAAGAAUCGGGAACAAAAUUACAAAAAUACGAAGAUAGGAAACAAAAUUCUCGCAAGAAAGAGAAAUCUGUUCUUUCGUCAAUCAGCCAUUUUUUAUUAGCACGAUUAGUUUCUCGGAUCGAGUUUACAAUUUUAAUUAGUGUUAAAAACGAAAGAGAAACAGCAGACAGCUCUUAGCUCUGUUAUUGUCGCAAACUUUCCUUGCAUUUAGGAGAAAUGCGUUGUUUUUUGGCGACAUUAGCGUAUCGCAGGAGCCGCGCGUAAUAUAACCCCAUUAUCCUGCGUACAUUGUGUAAUUAUAACGUAAAGGUGGAAGUAAUUUACGUGGUAGUGUAGUGGCGAUAAUAAUAAUAUAACUUGUUGCGCUGUUUGUGUUACGUAUACAUUAUUCUACGUGUUCAAAAGCUGAUCAAUUUUAACACGCAGAUCUUUGCAGUGAUACGCAGUGUCGGGAAAAGUACUCUCAUUUCGGUGGCCGCGGCCUCGUUUCUCCAUCGACCAAUUAUUUCUGUCUAUUAUCGUUAGACAGAGAAUAUAAUCCCCUCUACGUUUAUUUUUCAAGAUAUUUUUGAUUAGAUAAGAUAUAUAUAUAUAUACAUAUAUACAUAUAUAGAAAGAGAGAGAGAGAGGGCAAUACUGUAUUCAUCUUCAAAAAAAGAAAUGUGUUUACAGUUUAUGUGUCACAAUCUGUCACAAUCUCCGAGUAAACAACAAGUUAUUGAUUUAUAUGUCUGUUCCUUGAAAAUAAACUCACUCGUUAAUCCUAUUUGCACGUAAAUAUACUCUUUCUUAAAGGGAAUAAUCGUAUAAUAAUAUAUUUAUUCUACUUUUAAGUAAGUUAAGAGAGUUCUAUUACGCUUCACGUAGAAGACUUGUGUGACAAAUUAUUUCAAAUAUCGAUUCAUCAAAACGAAAUAUUCAAUUGUAUAUGUGAUAGUGUCGAUAGUCUUUAUAUUCUCGUUCACGUUAUUCGCGUGAAAAUUAUUAUUAUUAUUGCUAUUAUUAUUAUUAUUAUUAUUAUUAUUGCUAUUUUCAACGUGUACAAUGGAAAUGGAGUAAACGAUCGAUUCACCCUUCGAUCGUGUCAGAGUUUGACGAGGUUAGUCGUAUCAUGGACGGCCGGGUUUCCGUAAAGUUCCCGAUUCGAAACGUGUCGAGAAACGGCAGAAAGUUUUUGACAGACGCGUUGGCAGAUCGAGUUGAAGUAGGGAGAGGGAGGGAGUUGGUCGUCGAAUUCUUUCUUUGGCACGUUUGCCAAAGAAUCGAGCCGCGAGAUCUACACAGGAUUGAAUCACGUGGAUUCGAUCCAGAAAUACUUUCCACGAUUGUACACACCUCGAAACCUCUCGUAAAUGAUUUCAUCGUUGCGCGAUUAACAUCUCCCGCGAUUAAUAUUAUCUCCCGAGAGAUACGAGUUGCGCAAAUGAAAUAGAAAUAGUCGAAUUGGUUUGAAAUUUGAAAAUAGCGCGGGAAUAAACGGAUAUUAAUUUUAUUUAUCUUAUCACUUCGAUCGAAUCAUUUGAAUCUGAUUUAUUUGUAUAUGUGAAUCAAUAACGUGUCAACAAUAAUAUCAUCGAGGUAUAGAUGUAUCAUUCUUUCAUCUUUCUUUCUUACGCGAAUAUUAAUUUUUUUCUCGUCAAUCGAGCAAUGAUGAUGAUUUUAUUAGUCAAGUCUCGCUCCAUUCUGAGAUUCUUAUUGAAAAUAUAUAUAUAUAUUUUUUAAUAUUUAAUACGUGUAUUUUGAGUACACCACGUGCUUUUUUAACAUGCCAAUGGAAAUUAUACACAAAUCAUGUGACAUAAGACGAACAAUAGCGUAACGAACAUAUGUAUAAAAUCGAAAUGACAGUACUUUUUGAAAGAUCGACACGUAGAUCGUGAUAUGCAUAGCAGUUUUCUUUGAAAGCGUGCAAUUCGUUGGCCAAAUGAGACUUUAAACGCGGUGUGAUUACGCGAUCGUUUUAUUUUUUCUUUUUUUUUCCCCCCUCCCUUUUCUCCGUUGACUUAUUGUAAGUAAUAUGAUAAUUUAUCGUUCGAGUGCAUUAUCUUAUAUAUGAUAUAGGAGAUGAUUAACGAUAACGAGAAGAAUAUAAUAACGUUGAUAAAAUAGGGAUACGUAAAUGGAAUGCUUCUUAAGACUUAGUAUUAUUAUAUAUAUAUAUAUAUAUAUAUAUGCGCACGGUUAUGACCGUUUGCGUUCUCACGAGACGUGGAUGCGAAAUAAAGGAAGAAGAAGAAAUAAGAAAGAGAUUUUCAAGUUUUAAUCGCGAACGAAUAACACGAAUGUUACUUCGAAGAAGUCGAAUUUAAUUUUCCUCCACGUCUAUAUAAACGUGAUAAUAUUAUUUUUUUAAUUAUAUUAAAAAAUUAAUCGAAAUUUUGACUAAAAAUAAUAAAUCUAGAAACGAAAUUAAUUAAUCUCGCUUCAAUUCUACGACAUCUGCGUUUAGCAAGAAGGCAACCGGAAGUGUCCGUGCAUAUAUUUAUAGACACAUAUAUAUGUAUAUGUACUUGUACAAGAUGAAUGUGAGUAUUAUUACGCGAUAACGAUUCUAUGAAAACGCAAUGCGAUUCACCCGGUUGGUUAUGCGACCUUUUAUAAACGUUAAUUUACAUAGGUAGGGUAGCGUGAAGCAGAGAAAGUGCGAAUCGUGCGAGAUUCGUCUCGUUUAACAGAACAUGUUACACACGUUUAGCCGUGCAAUCGGAAACGCAGCUUGAACGAGCAAUAAAGCCACGGAUAACCAAUGGAUUUCUUUCGAUGCGGUGGCGUAGUAGUAGAUUUUUCGAAAAAAAAAAAGAAAAAAAGAAAAAAAAAAUUCUUUGUUGCGAUCAUCGCGUCGGAUCAAUUGGAAAUUCUCAAUUUUUAUCCUAUAUUUUUCUUUGAUCACGACACUUUUGAUCUUUGUUCGAAAUAUUUCACGUCAUCGUUACAUUCGAUAGUACUGAAAUUUUAUCAGAGAAUCGUAAUGAUCGAACGACCUUUUAUGAUUUUCUAUAAUUUUAUACGUUGGUUCAUUCUUGCACGCAUACUUGAUUUUAUUGUGUAAUAACAGCAUUGUUCCUUACUUUGAAUAGUGUGUACUAUUAAUCGAGUCACGAGUUUCAGAUAUGCGCGCAGCAUAUGGUUACAGAUUCUGAUUGUUGCGAACGGUUGGCUCGAUAAAAAUGUUCAGUCAAAUGAAAGGAUUAAUAUCUCGUGAUCGUUGAAUAUAUUCUUAUUGAACAAUAAAUUGGAAUUUCAAUAUUUCCAGGAUAUUUUUAAAUAAAUAUUUAAUUUUCUAGUACACAUAUAUAUAUAUAGAUAUCCUCUCAAGUUUCGAAAUUCCAAGAAUAUUAUAUAUAUCGGAAUGAUAAUGCAAAUUAUAUUUUAUUUCCGUUAUCUACGUUCACGGUGCAACAAUUGCGUACAAUAGAAUCAGCCGCGCUAUAUAGAUAGAUACAAUGGAAAAUGGGAACAAAGUUUAGCGCGUUAAAGUUUAAAUCGCGUUUCCAUUCGGUUACAAAUAUUUAUCCGGAAAGUUAGCAGUGAUCGAUGCAAACAAACCUAAGUUCCGUUCAUUUGACUCAACAUCACGUUCGAAUCUAAAUCCAGAAUCGCGUAGCGAGUCGCCGUGCAAGUUUCAUUCUCUCUCCACGAUGAUGAACCACUGUGGUUUCUUUUUUUUUCUUUUUUUUUUUUUUUUAAAUUUGAAAUUUUAGAAAAAAAAAAGGAAGAGGAAAACGAGACACACGAAUUGUAUAUUCAGGGAAAAUUGUACAAAAGCACGCGAAAAAAAGAAAAAAAAAUAUAUAAAAAAAAAAAAAGAAAAAAAAAAGAAAAAAUCCAUCGUUAUAGAUAUACUCGUGUGUGCGUGCGUGCGAAUCACGAAGACGCUUGAGGAUCGAGCUAGUUCCCACCCCUCUCCUAUUUAGAGGAUUCAGAGAAUCAGUGGAUCAAAAUUUAGAAGAAUUUACCGGUCAAUGGAUACUGUUUUUUGUAGAAAGAGAAAGAGAAAAUACACUUAUUACCGUUUUAUAACAUGUAGAGAAAGAGAAACGUGAUAGAACGUGUUAUGCGAAAUAUACCACGUGUAUACACCACCAACGAUGCCUCAUUGUACGCAAUAGAGUCACUCGCUAUCGAAGGAUAAAAAUAGUCGAUAUUUUAUGUUUUAUUUCGAAAGAAAUGUUUUCCUGCAGUACACUGUACGUUUAUAUUUCCGCUGAAUGCUGAAUAAAUUAUUAUUUUCUAUGCUACGAACGAA